CCUUUUUGAUGUCAGGUAUCCUAGAUGAAUGAUUGUACUCAAAAUGUCACUGAACUACGAGUUUAUGUUCAGAUCUAACGCUGAAUCAACGAGCUGGUGAGCAGGUAUAUAAUGUUAUGUUCCUCCACUUACUAAUAAAUGAGUUGAAGAUAAAGUUUUAACGUUUCUGUACUGUUCAACUGCCCGUUGAGACACAUUUAAACUUUCCUCAAAAUGUAUUCAUACGUCACAAAAAGUAGUGCAUGUCUACUCAAAAUAUGGCUUUUAUUUCUAAAUAUGAGCUUAGAGUAUUAACACAUUCUCAGCUCCGCAAUGUUGGCAAUCCCUACCUGUCCUGCCCUCGUUUCAGGUAAAGAGGGAAGAAAAACAUCCACGGCAACAAUCAUAAGCUAGCCAGCAAAACAAUGACAAAGGGAUAUAGCCUGCUGUCUGAAGUUAGCGAAUCAUGAAAAGAAAUAUGCAAACGACAUUUUAAGCUUUUUUGUUUGAAAUUAAUGAAUUAAAUACAUAAGAAAAACGGCUCAUAUAGUGUUUUUUAGCAGCACAGGCUGCUCUAUCAGGGUAGCAACUGCCACCCCAUGAAAUCCCCUUCCCACCUGUGCUGGGGGUUGCUUUGAUUGCAAUGAAAAGUUACGGCUCACCGCCGAUGAGUCAUCGGACUUUUUUACGCAAGCGAAGCUCUAAUGUCCAAUUACAAGUGAACGCAGCUCUCUACUCACCCCUCCCUUGAGUCCUCAUGGCGGAGGUUGGUUUCGUUUCUUUGAGCAGGAUUGAGGAAAGCUGCAGAGGGAGGAGGUGGUGCAGCUGAACACACACGAAGUGAACAAGUGAGAGGCUGUCAUAGUAAUCCUGACUGAGGAGAGACGGAGAGCACCAACACGAUGGAGGAAACCAGUGAUGAUUCAGGCGUUGAAGGAAACUGUGAGGAGGCAGAUGAAAGUCCACAACCAGCAUGUACUGGCAGCAAGAAUGACUGUCAACAGAGGAAUUCAAAAGAAGGAGAAGUUGGGCAUGAGACAACGGACAUGACCACAUCAACGCCAGAGAUGCAGCACUUCCUUCAGGAACCCAAGAGAGACAUUACUGAACAGACAAUGAGUGGAUGUCUAAGUUCUCCUGACUGUGGGAGGACAGAGAGCAAAAACACAAUGGAAGACAACGAUGAUGAUUUGUACCUUUCCUGUGAGGAGUCAGAAGAAAGUCCACCUCCAACUUGUACUGUCAACAAGGAUGACUGCCAACAGAAGACACAACUGGAGAGCCUGUUGGAGGAUCUGGGACUGGAGCAUCACUUCAAGGAGAAGCUAUCCCUGAGCAAAAUACUCCAGAUCAAUAAGAAGACCAUCACUGAUGAACCUACCAGUCGUAAUUUAGAUCUUCCAUGGUAUUUUCUAAAGAAACUGAUGAUGGUUAAUGUGAGAGCUAGGAAUGUAAAGAUUACAUCUGAAUGUGAAUCUGCCUGUGAUGCUGAAUCAGAAGGAACAGAUUUAGAUAUUGAUGGUCUUUUUGGUGCUCUGCAGUCAGGUGACAAGCUGAACCCUCUUGACAUAAUCACUGCUCUCUUUCUGUGUUCUGAUGGUUUUGUACAACAAGAAAUGGCCCUCAAAAUGUCCAUGUGUCAGUUUUCUGUGCCUCUGCUGCUUCCUAAUGGUGACAUGUCAGAGCAGUGCACACUAAUGCUUUGGGCCAUGAGAGACAUAGUGAAAAAGUACAGACCUUCAUCACUUUCAGAAUCCAAGGGCUUUAUUGAAGACAGGAUUGUUGUCUCUAAACUUCCAAUGGUUUCCUUUGUGAGACUGGGUGAGUGCUCCUUGUCUAAGUCAGAGAUCCUCAACAAGCUUCUGAGCAAUUCUCAGCAGUACCAUGACACAUUUGUUCACCGUAACAUGGAAAAUGGUGACUGUCCAAGAAGAAUAUCUAAUGGACUGACUGAAGUUACCUGGUAUCUACCUUGUGGGAACAAAAACAUGGAUGUCUUCAGUGAGCCAGUAGCUGUAGCUAACCUUCGUGGAGACAUGGCUUCAUUUGAGACACAGUUUUCUUUUCUGUGUCAGUCAUCUGCAGCAGUUUUUGUGUUCUUUGACAACCUGGACCCUGAGUGCAACCUGCUCACAAACCAAAACCACAAGGCACAGAUCUUCCUGGUGGGAAACCAUAAAAGCCAGAAAUGCUCUGAUGCUCUGAAGAAGGUGGCAAACAAGCUGAAACUGACAAAAAACAACAUCCUUUUGAAGACAAAACAAAUGAAUGAUGCAGAUUUUAUCAUAAAUCUGCACAAGGCCAUCAACAGUGUCAUGGAGAACUCAGAGAAAAAGAUGAACAUUGAACAGAUGGCUGACAUUGCUCAUGAACUGGGAAUCUGGGUUGAUGAAGACUGUCCAGAGUGUCAGACAGCAAAGAAAAAUGCAGAUGCCAUCACUGCACAAAUUCAAGAUAUCCUGAAAUACAAAGAAGAUCAGCUACCAUUGCAGGGAGAAAUAUGGAAGGAACUGACCAGCAAUGAGAAAGAAAUGUUCCGGCUUCGAAAAGUUGGGUCCGAAAAAAUUGAAGACUACAAAAGUGAUCUUCAGAAGAAGCAAAAAGAACUUCGAGCACAACAGAACUCUUAUGAUAUGUCUGAUGCAAUGACAUGUUUCAUCAACGCAAUAUCAACACCAGGUAUUGAGAGAUGUUAUUUCCUGAAAUGGAUGAGAAUGAACCUUGAUAAUCUGUCUCGAGAGAAACUGUCAGGCCUCAGAGAGGCUUACAAAAACAAAAGCAAAAGUCUUGAAAACAAAGAAGAAGUUAAGAAAAUUGAUGAACAACUCUCCAACAGCUCACUUGGGAUUGAACACUUCUUCCGUGAAAUGGGUCAGAUCUAUGAAGCCUCAGUUUCUCUCCCACAAACAAACCCAUCACGUCAACAGUUAGCUCAUCUGCCCAGACUGUGUGCAGGGUUGUUGCUUGAUGGAUUUCCUCUUGAGCUUGUAGACGGUGAUGCUUCAAACAUUCCUCUCAGAUGGGUAACUGAUGUUCUGACUCAGCUCAAUGACUUGGUGUCUCCUCGGAGCAAGAUACUGGUGGUCACAGUUCUUGGAGUUCAGAGUACAGGGAAGUCUACUCUCCUCAACACCAUGUUUGGAGUACAGUUUGCAGUCAGCAGUGGUCGAUGCACCAGAGGUGCCUUCAUGUUGCUCAUCAAAGUAAAUGAAGACAUCAAACAAGAACUCAACUGUGACUUCUUGGUGAUCAUUGACACUGAGGGCUUAAAGUCACCAGAGCUUUCAAAACUAGACAACAGCUAUGAGCAUGACAAUGAGCUAGCAACACUUGUUGUGGGGUUGAGUGACAUCACUAUCAUCAACAUUGCAAUGGAGAACUCCACAGAAAUGAAGGACAUCCUGCAGAUAGUUGUGCACGCCUUUCUCAGAAUGAAAUCUGUGGGCAAAAAACCCAGAUGUCAGUUUGUUCACCAGAACGUGGCAGAUGUAUCAGCCCCUGAGAAGAACUUACGAGAAAGAGAACUGCUCCUGGAACAGUUAAAUGAGAUGACCCAGGCAGCUGCCAGAAUGGAGAACAAGGACGAGUACGAGAGCUUCACUGAUGUGAUGGAGUACAGUCCAGACACCGGGAACUGCUACGUCCCAGGACUCUGGAAUGGGAGCCCACCAAUGGCCCCAGUUAAUGCAGGGUACAGUGAGGUCACUUAUGAGCUCAAGAAAAACAUCCUUAAAGUCCUGGGAAAUUGUGAGUCUUCUUCCAACAAUCUCCUGGAGUUUACAGAGUGGAUAAGAAGCCUGUGGAACUCUGUCAAACAUGAGAACUUCAUCUUCAGCUUCAGAAACAGCCUGGUGGCUGAUGCAUACAUGAGGCUCUGCACAGAAUUCAAUAAAUGGGAAUGGGAAUUCAAAACAGACAUGUACUCAUGGACAACAACAGCAGAAACUAAGAUUUCUAACUUUGGCAGAGUGAAAUCCGAGGUUUCUGUCAUUGAACAACUACUCACCAAUUUGAAAAGCGAAGCAUGCACAGUGCUGUCUGAAUGGGAGACAAAGCUUCUUGAAAAUCUGAAGAUUUACUUCAAGCAAACCGAGGGUCAUGUCAGUCUUGUUGAAGCAUACAGAGAGGACUUUGCAAACAGUGCAAGGAGUCUUUGUAGAGAAAUGGAAAGCUCUGUAUACAACCAACUCACAGCUGCAGCAGAAACCAGAAAGGGAAUGGCAGAACUUGAGAGAAUCAAGGCAAACCACACAAAAGAAUUAGAAGAGAGAGUGAGAGCAUUGAUUGAAGAAUGCAGAAAGAAAAAAAUGGACAUGGAAGAGGAAGAGUUGGAUGAAGAAUUUGACAAGAUGUGGAAAAAAAUGCUAAAGGAACAAAAGCUUUACAAACAAAAGACCAUGGAUGUCAUGGGGGAUGUAGACUACUACCUGAGAGACAAUCUAAAACACAAGGGGAGUCAAGCAUGGGAAUUGUUGAGUCAAAAAAGGCUACAGGACUGUGGCCGGACGCCUUUCAAAUACACAGUUGACGGACGUUUCAUGCAAUUUAUGCACUCAGUGAACAAAAUUUUCAACAUUGAAGAUCAUGUAACGGUGCUACGAAAAGUAGCUUGUGGUAUCAUAAGUGAUUGUACACAACUUGUACAAGAAAAAGUGGAAAGAACGAACAACUAUCACAACACUUUGAUUCAGGAGAUCCUUCAUCUGAUUGACAAGGGACUGAAAAACCGCACAGAUGUGAAGAUAGAGAUCGACUUUGAGGUUUCUCUGAAACAGCACAUCUGUGCAGAUGCAGCCAGAGAGUUUCAGAAAAUGCAUGAAGAUUUCAUUCAAAGGAAUGAUCCCUCCAGAUGUCUCAAUCAAAACAAAGAGAGGUUCCGUGCUAACUUCAAGGAUGAGUUCUCUGAACUAGACCAGAGCCAGAAGAAGGCAGAAGAGUUCACAGAGCACUGCCUGAGACCAGCUGUUGUUAACUUUAUCAACCGUUCAUUGGGUCCUGAUAUCACGGGAGAAAUGCUGACAAAGUUCCAAUUCAGCACACGAAUGUUCUUCCAGUACUCAGUCUUACUGGAUCUGCUUUCAAAAGACAACUUUGAAGACUACCGCAGCUACAUCUGCUCAUAUGAGGAGUUUGUUAAGAAAUGGAUCAGUGACAAGAUGUUAAAAUUCCUGACAAAUGAGUCUGAUAAGAUAUCAGAGUUUGAGGAGCGGCAUCUCAGGUCAAGUAUCAGGAGCAUAAAUGAUGCAAUACACACAGCUCAAGCAAAAGAAAGUGAAAACCUGCAGGAAGUGAUUCAAAAUAUCCGUCAGGAACUUGGUGAUAAACUGGUCAUUUCUGAGGAUGCUCUUGGCCCUUUCAUGAUCCUGAACAACGUCAACCAGGAACAGUUUGCUCAGCGGCUCACUGUGUGUGUGAAGGACAUGGAAGAAGCUCUUGGAAAGCAGUUUAAAAAGACUAACAUCAAAACCAAGCUCUCACAUCUUUAUCUAAAUCCAGAGAAUGAGCUUUUCAAAAGAGUCAUUGGAUGUAGCAAACAGUGUCCACUCUGUUCAGCUCCCUGUGAGGCUGGAGGAACUAAGCAUAAGGAGCACCAAACUUCAAUGCACCGGCCAGAGGGUCUGGGUAGAUUCAGAAAUCACUGGUCACAAAGACUUGUCACUGAUAUAUGCUCUUCAUUGGUGUGCAGUGACUGCUCAUUUUGCUGCAAUGCCACAAAUGGUGAAUGGCACCCUUACAAAGAGUACAUCAAAAUUUUCCCAAACUGGCGGAUUGCUCCAGAUAACAGCCUUCAGGCUUCAGACUACUGGAAAUAUGUACUGAACAGGUUCAACAGAAAGUUUGCCAAAGCCUAUAAUGCAAAGCCGGCUGAAAUCCCAGACACUUGGAAAGACAUCACAACAGAACUUGCAAAAGAGAGUCUGAAAAAGUCAUUCAAUGUGAAAUAAGACAGUAUUAACAUCUCCUCUGUCUUACAUUCAGCAUGCAAAGAUGCACUUCUAUGUGAAAGUGGUGAAUGACAAAAACGGAUGUGGUGUUUAGGGAAAGAGAAAGCUAUAAAUGUUAGUAGCACAGCAGUGGUAGAGAUUGACUUUUUUACUUAAUUUUUGAUUGAUCAGGUUUUUUAGGUGUCCAUGUACAUGCAAAGAUGCAGUACAAUCAUGGUACGGGGCUUCAUGCUGUUUUAAGAUAACCUGAAAUCUGUAUGACCUGGUCACUGCAAUAAGUCAGCUAAAAAAGACUCAGCUCAUGAAUCUGAUAAAAUAAUUAAAACAAAGUUUACCUAUUUGUCCUUUUUUGUUUAUUCCUUUUCUGAAGUAACCAAAAUCUCAUUUUUACAUUUACAGUUCUGUUCCUUUCAUUAUGUGUGUAACUGUCAUUAUGGUGCAGGGGACUAUCUUUUAAUCUGACUUAACAUUUUAAAAUAAUAAUUCUUUAUAAUAUUAUAAUAAAUAAUAUUCUUUUUUUUUCUCUUCUGCGAUCAGUUUUUCUUUUCUUGUGUGAUCUCUCAUGAAAACUGAUUAUUUACCCUAAAAAAUAUCAUCUUAAAAGUCUGCAUGUGUACAAAAAUUACAGAUUGUUAUGUUGAUUUAAUGUAUUAUUUUAUGAAAAUCUCUUUCUUUUACAUUUGGUGAUGUUAACAUUUAUACAUGACAGAAAUUGAAGUAAAUCAAAUCUGGAUCAAAUCAGAACAAUGUUGUCAGAGCUAUCGUCGUUACUCUUAAUCUCAGAAUUUACACUUCAUUGUUGGUUUUUAUUUGUUGGUGAAUGUUGAGUUUUUUGGCAUUUGAAAUUUGAUAAGUUUAUGUUGAGUAAUGUUCAAUGGUAUGUAAUGUUCAAUGGUAUGUUGUCAACAUGUAUUCUCCUGGGAGCUGAUUUAAUAAAGCGGUCGGAUGACCAGAAAAGCAGUAUACAAGCUAAUGUCCAUGUACCA